CAAACACACCUGCAAAUUCUCUGGAUGAAAAUUCUUAGAAUCCAUUCUUUUCUGGAAGGAUUCUAAGAAUGAAAAUUUUCAGAAUUGAUGCCAAAUAGGGCCUAAUAUUUUAUAGUCUUCUCCGAAUGAUGAAUCGACUUUCACCUUAUCACUCCAAUCUUUCUUCUUGUUGAACACUUCAAGUCUUCAAGUAGAUUUGGCAAUUUUCAACCCAACACACCCAUAACGGAUUGGGUUUUUUAGAUGGGGUCAAAGAGUCACAUAACGGAUUGGGUGGGUUGGAAAUGGGUUAUCAAACGGGUAUCCAUUAACAAAUUAUUUCACAUUUCAAUUUUCUUCUUCUCUCUUCCCUUUCCGGAGUUCCCACUUCUCUAGCUUGUUUGUUCUUCACUGGUUCACCAUUCUAACCCUAAUCCAAGGUUGAAGAUGGCGGCUAUCAGGCUAUCAGAGUCUAUUGCUCUCUCUUGCAUGUACUUCUCUCUUUUUCUCAUUCUAUCCAUCUCUCUAGUUAAAUAAGCCUAAUCCAAACCCUAACCAGCACGAAUUCAGCAGUUGUGAUCCAAAUGUGUUAAAAUUCAAACCAGAGUUGGUAUGGUCCGAUUUGGUUUCCUGCAAUUGUUAGUUGACUAUAACCUUGGUUUUCUGAGGUUUACCUUUGCAACACAAACCAGUCUUGGGUUUAUCUUUGCACAAAAUCAAAGCAAACCAGAGCUACAACACAUGCUCUUUUCUCUUCAUCUGGGUUUAUCUUUGCAAUUGUUACUUGACUUUAGACAUUGGUUUCCUGCAAAGUCUACACCAAAGCAAGCUGCUUAAUUUGACUCUGUUAAUGAUUUGAAGUGGGAGUGUCAACAACAUACCUGCGAUGAAAAUAAGCAACAGCUGCAGUAGUCUUAUGAGAAGAAAGAGAAGAUGGCCUCGUUCAGUGGCCUACAAAGGCAAAUGGCAAGAGACCUUCAGUGAACAACAAGCAAUCGAGAUGCUAAAGCAGGCAGCAGCAUUAACACCACAACCCCAACAAGAAAAUGUUAGCGAACCUUAUUUACUCUCUUCUCUCAUCAAUUCCUUUAGCAGCUACUGUUGUGAACCUACCUCUUUUGCCUACUCAUUCAUCAUCAAGGCCAUGACCAUUAAUUCACAGUUUGAUAAACUACCUCCAGUCCUUGAUCGCCUUGAGAAAGUUGAGAAAUUUGAACCACCUGAGCAAAUCUUCAUUGAUCUCAUUCGAAUCUAUGGUGCUGCAAAUAUGCUUCAGGAUGCUGCUGAUAUCUUCUUUAGAAUCCCAAAUUUCAGGUGUGUCCCCUCUGUGUACUCCCUCAAUGCAUUGCUUUUAGUUCUUUGUAAGAAAAGAGAAGGACUCCAAAUGGUUGAACAAGUUCUAUUGAGGACUCAAGCAAUGAAUAUUCGGCUUGAGGAGUCCAGCUUUAAGAUUUUAAUUACUUCACUUUGUAAGAUAAAUAAGGUUGGUUAUGCAAUUGAGAUGUUGAAUCUUAUCCCUCAGUGUGGAUAUAGUCCUAAUGUAGAAUUGUAUUCUCUGAUACUCUUGUCGAUGUGCAAAUGUGGGGAUUUCACCCAUGUUGAGGUUCUGGAUUUCUUGGAAGAAAUGCGUAAGGCAGGAUUUGUCCCAAGUAGAGUGGAUUAUGCCAAUGUGAUAAGGUUCUUGGUUAAGGAGGACAGGGGAAUGGAUGCUUUGAAUUUGUUAAAUCAAAUGAAAAUUGACGGAAUGAAACCUGAUACCAUUUGCUACACCAUGGUUUUAGACGGGGUUGUCUCAGCUGAAGACUUUCAGAAAGCAGAAGAGCUGUUUGAUGAGAUGCUUGUGCUGGGUCUUGUUCCUGAUAUUUAUACUUACAAUGUUUAUAUAAAUGGUCUGUGUAAGCAGAAUGAUGUUAAAGCAGGAUUUAAGUUGCUUGAUUGUAUGGAACAAUUGGAGUGCAAACCUAAUGUCGUUACUUAUAAUACACUAUUGGAUGCUCUUUGCAAGCUUGGAGAUUUGACAGGAGCUGAAAAACUUGUGAAGAAGAUGGAGCUGAAGGGAGUUCAAGGCAAUUUGCACACCUAUAGGAUUUUUAUUGAUGGAUUUGUUCACAAAGGUGAAGUGGUGAAAGCGUAUGGAUUAUUGAAAGAGAUGCUGGACAGGGGGUUUCUUCCUAGUUCUUCAACUUUUGAUGAGAUAAUCUAUUUAUUCUGUGAGAGGGGGCUCAUGUGUGAAGCGGUAAAAUUAUUAGAAGAAAUGGUUCGAAGGGCUGCUUCUCCUGGGACAAAAGUGUGGAAGGCACUACUCCUUGGUUAUGGCUUUAAAUCCAAGUCUUGUGAGAACUACCUCCCUCCCUUUGGAGGAUCUAUUAUGUAAUUAGUCAACACAGGUCACUAUUGUUGUAGUAACUUCUGUUAUUGCUUAUAAUAGACUGCCGUUUCUGAGUGUCAAAUAAUUAGUGAAGAGAUGAGGUACCGGUAUAAUUUCUGAGCUCAGAUCUUCCGCAAACAAAAACUCUGCUCACUUAACAUACGGUCAUUGGGAAUAUCUACCGUAUAUGUAUGUUAAAUUCAUGGGGAGAUCAGAGAUGUUCCCAAUGUGUGGUUGGAUUUCCAUGCUUCUUGCAUAGUUUUUACUUGUAGCGAAUCCCAUUGUACAAUUUCUCUGCCAAGAGAAGCAGUUGCAGAAGAAGAUUAAGAGUUGAAGUGCA